AUGUUAGAUCUAAAGCUAGGCUUGCGGUUGAUAUGCAAAGCGGAAAAAACCUCUUCAAACAAAACCCCAAUCCCGAGAUCGAGAGCGAUCGAGAUAUAUGGCGGCGGCGAACGCUCGNCGGCGCUCUCCGUCGCCCUCGUCUCGUACCAGCUCCUACUCAGCCGAAGCGCGAAGCGCCCAUGGCGGAGACCCCGCGGAGGAAACCCUAGGAAUCGCACGAAGAGGAAGGGCCUCGUCGAGGCCAUCGGGAACACGCCGCUCAUCAGAAUCAACAGCCUCUCCGAUGCCACGGGGUGCGAGAUUCUUGGGAAAGCCGAGUUUUUGAACCCUGGUGGGAGCGUGAAGGAUCGGGUUGCGGCUAAAAUCAUUGAAGAGGCUUUAGAAACUGGAGAGCUCGAGCGGGGCGGGGUAGUUACCGAGGGAAGCGCCGGGAGCACUGCUAUAAGCCUGGCCACUGUUGCUCCUGCAUAUGGAUGCAAAUGCCAUGUUGUUAUCCCGGACGACGUCGCCGUUGAGAAGUCUCAAAUACUGGAGGCCCUUGGAGCUACCGUAGAAAGAGUGCGGCCGGUUUCCAUUACACACAAGGACCACUAUGUUAACGUAGCAAGGAGGAGGGCGUUAGAGGCAACCGAGUUAGCGGCAAAGCAAAGGGAAGCGAACAAAACAGAAGCCAAUGGUUCAGUACACAUGAAUGGUCAUACGCCGCAAGGGGAACAGGGCAAUGCCAUCUCCUCUGCUGAUUGUAGAGGAGGGUUUUUCGCUGAUCAGUUUGAAAAUUUAGCAAACUUUCGGGCCCACUAUGAGGGGACUGGACCCGAAAUAUGGGAACAAAGUCAGGGUUCUUUGCAUGCCUUUGUUGCUGCUGCUGGCACAGGUGGCACUGUCGCUGGAGUUUCUCAAUUUCUCAAGGAAAAGAAUCCGAAGAUCAAAUGCUUCCUUAUUGACCCGCCAGGGUCUGGUCUGUUCAAUAAGGUGACAAGAGGAGUGAUGUACACUAAGGAGGAGGCGGAAGGCCGAAGGCUGAAGAACCCUUUUGAUACAGUUACAGAAGGGAUCGGAAUCAACAGAGUGACCAAGAAUUUCAUGAUGGCAGAGUUGGAUGGAGCUUACCGAGGCACUGAUAAGGAAGCUGUCGAAAUGUCCAGGUUUCUUCUGAGGAAUGACGGCCUAUUCGUCGGGAGCUCUUCAGCCAUGAACUGUGUUGGAGCUGUACGAGUAGCACGAGCUUUAGGUCCAGGCCACACAAUUGUGACAAUCCUUUGCGACAGUGGGAUGAGGCAUCUUAGCAAGUUCUUCAAUGAUCAAUAUUUGGCUGACCAUGGCUUGACCCCCACCGCAACCAGCCUCGAAUUCAUCCAUCCUUGAAAUUCGCUGGGACCCAUUCGCGUAGCUAUUGAUGUUGUUGUGUACAUCACGCAGAAAAAGUGAACACGAACAAUCGAGCAAAAGCGACUCUUCUCAUCUGCUGAGGAUUGAUGUUUGCAUCAUAGUAUGGAUCCUAUGGAAAUUAAUAUGGGGAACUAUUUAUUGCACAGUAGAAAAGCGGACUAGGUGUAUGCUAGGUGAUUACACAGAGGGGGUAAAUUUUGGAUUGCCUUAGGUGAUUGAUGUUCUUUUUCGUAUUGCAAUUUAUUGUCAUUUAGCUAGUUUUUCUAGGAGGUUGGGCCCAUAAGAUAAGAUCAACAUUAUUGUACAAUCUAUUUGUGCUGAAUGGUCAUUCUUUUUCUUUUUUUUUUUCUUUUCAAUUAUUAUUUAUUUUUGUAAAACAUUUGAGAAUUUGAGAAGACUGCUAGUAAACCUAGCAAACUUUUUUCUAUUGCA